UACAACCUCCAUUCUGUGGACACCCCAAAUCGAAAACCGCUUUAAAAUCAAUUAAUGUAAGGCGCCCACACACGCACAGACUCUGACUCUCUCUCUCUCUCUCUCUCUCUCUCUCUCUCUCUCUCUCUCUCUCAUCAGUCAUCGUCAUCCCCCAGCCAAAAUAAAAAUCACUUUUUUUUUAUUUCAGUCUCCUUCUAGAUUCCUCUCACUUACUCACUACUGCUGCUAACCCACCCUUCUACUUUUUGUGUUUGCCCAUAAUCACGUUCUUUGAUUACUGCCUCCCUCCCUCCUCUCCACGAAGAUUCACCAUAAUCUCCCCCCAAUUAGGAAGCAAUCUCGCAAUUCCAUUCCCGUUCAAAUUCUUCUUCUCGCGAUCUCUCCCUCUCUGCGGCGCGCUGGGUUUCCAUCUCAAUGGAUCCUCCCAUAACUACCAAGACCCACCAGUCCUCCGCCCUCGAUCACACCUUCCUCCACCACAACGGCUUCGCCACCGCCGCCCAGCUCGAAAUCUCCGACAUCGAGAUGAUCGCCUUCCAGUCCGUCACGUACACCAGCCUCCGCGACCUCCUCCCCUCGUCCCCGCCCCUGCCGUCGGCCGCCUCCCCGACCACCAACUCCAGCUGGUACGAGAUCCCCAUCAAGAACCCCCUCGUCAAGCACGCCGCCCUCGCCUACCUCCAGCCCAUGUCGUCGCCGCCCGAGGUCGGCGACAAGGGCCUCCUGGGCAAGCUGAAGGACAGCUGCGGGUGCUUCUGCUGGCUCGGCGACAUCUUGUCGCGGGUCCUGAGGGAGGUCUUCGGGAGCUUCCUCUGCGACGACGACAGAGGGUGGUUCGAGUACAUCGAGGACGACGAGGAAGAUGAAGAUACAGAGAAAAUCGACUGAGCAAGGUUCCCUUUUUUUUUUUUUUUUGGGUUCGCCAGGAGAGGAGUUUCGUAGGUUUGACUGGUGGAUGAGAUGGAAUUGUACAUCAAUAGUGAAGAUUUUUUGCUGUCAGUGGAUUCUUUUGUAAGUAAUAAAGAAGUUCUAAACAGGAAAUUAAUAGACUUGUUCUGAUUCGGCGGC